AAUGUAUUAAAAUUUUCCAUUUAAUUGUUAUUACAAAACAAUCUCUUUUUAACAAUCCAAUAAUUGUUUAAGUUAAUAUAUUCUUACAUAAUGAAUCAUAUUUAAUAAUUAUUGAUAACCAAUUAAUUACGAAUAUCACAUGAUUAAAAUGGAGUUUUUUUAUUCCCAGUGCCAUAAUAUUUUAUAACCAAGAAAAUUAUACAGAAUGAAGACUUUUUAUUAAAAAAACAUUUAAAAAUGUUAUUAUUUAAAUUAAUGUGAUAGACGAAAAAUUCAGUAAAAAAACUAUUGUAUGAAAUGUACAAUAACACGAUCAAAUUUUUAUUAUCCUUAUUAAUUGGAAUUAUUUCCAUGGCUGGUGAUAAAUUACUAGAAAAUGAAAACAAAGUGUUUAGAGCGAUUGUUGACAAUGCAAUACAUAGUAUUAUUGGUGGUUUAUCAUGGAUAUUGAUUCUUGUUCUUUCUAAUGAAAUCAUCACAAAGAAUGUAUGCAGUAUUUUUUUAUCAAUGAUAGUAUCAUCAUUAAUUGAUUUGGAUCAUUUUAUUGAGGCCAGAGAUUGGAGAUUAACUGCUGCUACUUCAUUGAAAAAGCGACCAUUCCUUCACUGUACAACAUUGCCUAUAAUGAUAUGGUUAAUAUUUUUAUUAAUAUCUAGAAUACUCCAUAAUUCAAAGUUAGCAUCAUUCAGCUGGAUUAUUUUAACUAGUUUUUUAAGUCAUCAUAUUCGUGACGGUACUAGACGUGGGCUGUGGCUGGCACCAUUAGGAUCAACCCCAAAUAUUCCUUAUUAUUUAUAUAUUUUAUUAGACAUGACACUUCCUUUUGCAAUUCAUAUUGCAAUAAUAUCAACAAAUGUAUAUUCAAAGAAUCAUAAUAUAAUAAAUAUUGUUUGAUAAUUGAUAUAUAUAUAUAUAUAUAUAUAUAUAUAUAUAUCAUUAUUUUUAUAAACUUAAACG